AUGGAAGGAUUCUCCAGAAUCUUGGGUUCUGGUCCUGCGUACGCUACGGUUCCCGUCGACAAUACCGCCGGAAUGGAUGACAAGAUUGUCGCAGACCAACAGCCUCCCAGCUAUCCUCAACAGCAGCAGCAGCAGCAGCAGCAGCAGUAUGUUGUGUCGCCGCAGCCUUCCAUAGGCCAAUUCCAGCCUACGCAUGCUGUCUCGCCGGAACUUAACCAAGCGACGUUUCCUCACAACACUUCGCCAUGGCUUGAUCCGCAGAGCCCUAGCCUUCGUGACAGUCCUGGCUAUGAUCGUGCUUUUGACAGUCAUAGAGGUCUUAUGGGUCAUGAUCCUGCUGUCGCUGCCUACGAUAAGAACGCCCCCGAUAUCCACGUUGUCCAUCAACCUACCCAUGCGGUCAAUCCUGAGGGGCCUUUCUUAUUCAGAGUGAUGAAGAGCAGGUGGUCUAUGAUUGCCUGCUUAAUCAUUGGAGUGGCCGGGGCUAUUGGACAUCAUUUCUUCUACAAUUGGCUCGACGGUCGGGAAGCAGUGAACCAACAAUGGAUGCUCCGAGCUGGUCAAUUGAUCUCCUUCAUCGCCAACGCCAACUUUAUCCUCGCCGCAGUCAUGGCUCAUCAACAGGUUGCAUGGCGAGCCGUUGGCCAGAAAGGCUUCUCUAUCCACGCCGUCGACUCAUUGUUCGGCGCCACUCACAACCUUGUCGAACUGUUCAACCGCGAAGCUUGGGCCAAGUCAUGGUUUGUUAUGUUUCUCGCUUUGUACAUGUGGUUCAGUCCCGCUGUUGUUAUCUUGACAUCUGCGCAACUCUAUGUUAUCCCCGGCGAGAGGGUUGAAGACUCCUUCUGUCCUUCUGUUCGCACUUUGAACUUUAGCAACGAGGCCAAAGAGAGCUUCCAGACACCCAAGAAGGCUGAUGGAGAGAUCAUGAACGGACGAUCGCUUUCUGGUUACAACUGGACGGCAGUUGAUGGAAACCUUGCCGAGGAUGCCAAGACCAACGACAACGUCUUCGAGUACUACAAUGUUCCCUCAUCUUCCCUAGACCGCAUCGCUGCUGGUGUAUUCUCAAGCGGUCAGCCUGUCUACAAGCUCAACAUUUCCAAGGAGAUCUGUGGAGACGGUUGGGACUGCUCGACUACCGUCUCUUUCGUCGGACCUGGAUAUAAGUGCGAGGAGCUUGCCAAUGGGGUAGGGUCCGAGAUGAAGAAAUUUGGUAACAUGGAUGCACCCUUCAACCUCAGCACGCUUGUGCCUGCUGGCAACUACACGUAUUUCGCCAACACCGACCUCGGAGAAUACCAGCGACCGCAAAUCGACAAUGUCAGUAUCGGUGGUAUCCCCUCUGAGGAAGAUGGCCCCGAUUUCCCCAAGAACCUUGGUGUUUUCAGAACCGAGCCUAGUAUCUGGAUCGGUUAUGCAGAGGUUCAGGAUCAUACCAAGGAACAUGCCAAAGACAAGGACACCGACGGAUGGAACGACGAUUACACUCCCAUUAUCUUCGCAUGUGACCACUGGGAGGUCAACUAUACUGUCACAUUCAACUACACCGCUGGCUUCCAGAAAUACGAAAUCACCGAACGCGACUACAAGCGAAAGAUCAUCGAUACGGAAUGGAGCAGUUGGACAAAUGAGUCAACCGACGGAACAGCCGAUGGCAACGUCGCAAAGCCAGAGAAGAACUACGUCAGUCCUCGAAACGACUACGCGCGAUAUCGCCGUAUCGCUGCCUUCCACAGUCUGGGCCUGCGACUUCGCGAGAAGCUCUUCGGCAACGUCAAAGUCCAAGGUGUCGUCCUGGCAGACGGAGAAAUCACAACAACAAAUCUCCUCGAUAGACAUGAAAGUCUUCCUGUGCACGAUUUUCAAGGCGAAGUCGGCCGCGUGUACGAAGAUCUCCUCAUCUCCCUCCUCUCGGACCCCCAGCUCCUCGCCGUCGCUUGGGCAGCAGACCCCUCUAAACUCUCAGGCACAGGUAUCGGUGGCGAAGACACAAACUACAAGUGCGAACGCCGUCGCAAAGCCAACUUCUUCGACUAUGGCUGGUCGAUCCUUGUAGCUGUGUACGCUGUAUCAUUUACUAUUGCUAGUAUCGGUGUGUAUUAUGGUAUACAGGCUAUGACGAGUGAUGGCACGGAUGCACAGCGUGUCAUGACUUUCUCUGCUAUUGCUGGUGCGACGAAGAAGGUUAGCGUGAGUGAUGCUGAGAAGAGGGCUACUAGGAUUAGAUGUUAUCCUACGGAGGAAAGGCCUGGCGAGUAUGAGUUUAGAGCUGAGUUGCAGGGCUAG